AGAAGCCCUCCCCUGUUCCCUCCAAAGGCCGAGUGUGGGCAUGUCCCACCCUCAGAUGGUCGCCGGUUUAGCUUCAAGGAUGGACUGUCCACUGCUGCUCCUUUUCCUCUUGUGCGCUCUGACUGUAUGCGUGACCCCGCAGCCCAUUGCAGAGUCAUGCCCGGAGAGACUCGUGGGAGACGAACGAAAGAGGACAUGUCCCCGUCCGUGCAAAACCGACCAAGACUGCGGCAGCAAGCGGCAGUGCCUGUGCGAUGGACAAUGUGGGCUCAGCUGUGUGGCUCCAGGUCGCACUUGUCCAUGGCCGCUGCCCCCCCGAGAGGACGCCACGGCUCGCCUGCUCUCCCCAACGCACUCCUUCUCCGCCCUGCUGGAAGUCCGAUGCAAGCCGGGCUUCGCCUUGCCCAGCGGCCUGGAUGCCACAAUCCGCCGUUGUCAAGGAGACCGUCAGUGGAGCGGAGACGAGCCCAUCUGCACAGAAUCUGCACUCCCUGAACCCACCAUAUCCUCUCCAACGUGCCUCCUUCCCCAGGAGGUGACGAGCGCCUUCGCCAUCGAGGGCACUGCCGCCGUGGGGGCGGCCAUCCGCUACAGCUGCCUGUCAGGGGCCGACAUCGUGGGAAGCAGUGAGAAUUACUGUCUGGAGAAUCAAACCUGGCAGUAUCCACACCCCAUCUGUAAAAAGGUGUACUGUGAGCCUCCUCCCAAGGUGCUGCAGGGCUACGUGGUAGCCGUCCAGAAGACAGAAUACGAGGUGGGCUUCGACAUCCAUUUUCUCUGUAAGAAGAACUUCCGCCUGGACGGACCCCAGAAGGUCACCUGUUUGUCUAAUGGCAACUGGAGCGCAGCGCCCCCUUCCUGCAGAGCUCGCUGCCUCAUCCCUGCUGAGCGAAGCCGUGUGAUGAUUGACGGCGUGAAGCGUUGGCCUUUUGACAUCACGGACGCGAUGGUCCCUCACGGAGAGAACGUGACGUUCUUCUGCAAACACCCUCGCAAGCAGUGUGGCUUCGGCGCCGCGCAGACGUGCUUCGACGGCGAGCUGCAGCCACCCGCCUGCUACCUCGAGCCCACGUGGCUGCAGUAUAAACUCUUCCCUCACCGGCUCGUCUCCGAGAUCGAAGCAUGCGCUGAUGGCGACGUGGAGACCUUCUGACCUCAAUAGUGGCACACUGUAACGUUGGGAACGCCUUUUGUUGCUGCGGAUCAUUCUGCCCGAUCUGUGCUUCCCGGUGCACGAUUUUGAACCCUAUUCUGACCAUUUGCAAUCCUCCAUAGGGGAAGUUUGCAUUAAAAAAAAAAACAUUUUGUAAUAUUUGUUGAAACGGUUCUGUUUUGACAGUAGCACAUGAUAAAUGUGAGUUGUGAGAAACUCAGCAGUGACAAAUGACUGACACUUUAGAAGUCACGCCUUUUCCUCAGAUCUACUACAGCCAGGCAAAAGUAUUUUUUUUAACUUUUUUAUCGUGUGCUAAUGUCAAGUCAUGACUGUUUUAGCAAAUGUGACAAAGUUUUUUUCAUACUGCAACUGUUUUAACCAAUAUGACAAAAAGUGUGUGUUUUUUAAAUAUACAGUAAUGAUCCUGCAAUAUAUUGUAAAUAGCAAUCCUCGUGCCUCCAUGAUCAUGCAUACCCCAGCGGACAUAUCUUUAGGUACACCCAGAUAACGAGACAGUCCAUAGCCCGGUCGAAUAGAAAAGUAGUGGUUUUUUUUUUUUAUUGAUUGGAGUGAUUUGAAAUAAAGUCAACACAGACUAACA